ACAACGUUGUCCUUUUACGCAAAUGACUCAGGCGUGAUCCCACAGCCCAUGUGGCUGGCCAGGACUUCUCUAGAUAUCUUUUGACUUUCUUUUGUUUCUCUUUGUUUUGUGAAUGGUCGCUGAAAAGAAGGAAACAAAACGGUACUGCUCCCUGUAUCUUAUUCUAAAUAUUUACCCGAGUGACCUCCAGUCACCUACUACAAAUGGACAACGCCGGGGUGAAAAGGGGAAUUGUGAUAAAAGAUGACUGGCCAGGAUAUAGUCUGGACCUGUUCACUUACCCUGAACACUACCAUGAAGACAUAGAGAGUGUUUACAUUCCACAUGGGGUAAUCAUGAACAGGAUAGAGCGUCUGGCCCGCUACAUCAUGGAUGACUUCGGGGACAACAACAUAAUGGUGCUGUGCGUCUUGAAGGGAGGCUAUAAGUUCUGUGCAGACCUGGUGGAGUUCAUCAAGGUUCUCGGCCGCAACUCCAACAAGUACCUGGAGACCCGGGUGGAGUUCAUCCGUCUGAAGAGCUACCAGAAUGACCAAUCAACAGAGGAGCUUCACAUCAUAGGAAGCCGAGAUCUGUCUUUUCUGCGUGGAAAGAAUGUGCUCAUUGUUGAGGCCAUAGUUGACACAGGAAAGACCAUGAAGGCCCUUCUGAAGCAUGUGGAGACCUUUGAACCCAAGAUGGUCAAGGUCGCAGGUCUGUUGGUGAAAAGGGUCCCUAACAUGGCUGAAAGUCUGACAGACUAUGUUGGAUUUGAAAUCCCCAACCGCUUUGUGGUUGGUUAUGCCUUGGACUACAAUGAAUACUUCCGUGACCUGAAUCAUAUCUGUGUCAUCAGCAAGACUGGGAAGAUGAAGUACAAGAAAUGGAUAAAUAAAAGAAAGAACUGCUGUCCGCCAGGAGAGGACGUUGGUGACAGAUGGAGAGAGCUUAUGGAUGAUGGCAUUCCCGUGCCCGGAUGACGCCCACUCUGACUCAUGGAAAACACACAGUGGGCGCAGCAGGCAGGCCGAGCAGCUUCUCCUCACCACACUGUAUCUAUUUGUUCCCAACUUUAAUCAGGCCUUACUGGAAAUCAGAACCAAAUAUGCAUUUGGUUCUGAUUUCAGUAGAGAGUUCAGUAUUUGGCAAAACUAAAAAGAAAAGUAAACCAGGAGUGUCUGUUUAUUAUGUAUAACUAUGUUUUACAUGGAAAUGCAAAUUCACAGAUAUUCAUAGUCAUUAAAACAAACAUUUGACUUGGUUAAAUUGUAUAUUUUAUGAUGAAGUCGCCACUGCUCCAGCGAGCACAAACUGAAAGGAAACUUUUUGAAUAUCAGAUUUAUUGAUAUCCCAUUAGUUAUUUCAUCAAAAAUUCCUGAAUUACAAUUCCUAAUUUAAAAAAUCUCUUAAUUCCACUGAAAUGCACAUAAACUGUUGUGAGACUGUUGUGUUUUUACAAGGAUUAUAAUGCUGCAAUUAAACUCUUAGCCCUUAA